GGCCUGAAGCUUGAUUGACGGGAGGCUUCGCCAAUUGCUUUGGGCUACAUACAAAGAGACGUUGUAACGUCCAAUUGUAGCUGAAAUCUGAAGAGGGAAGCGGCAUUGUUGGCGGAGAGACUUGGGUUUACGUCCCGCUUUGAGAUAAGGCUGUUGUCGAGUCUGAAUUUCGGGUUUAGUUAACCAUAAUACAAGAUAUACGUCUCUUUCCCCCGCCUGGUGUCGGUUCAAGGGGUGGGACCGGGAGAAUGAAUUUGAUAACGAGAGCUGAAUUUUCUGUUGAAAAAACCAAGAGAAAAAAAAGAAGAGAAUUAACUGAAGAACAGAAGCAAGAAAUUAAAGAUGCUUUUGAAUUGUUCGACACUGAUAAAGAUAAUGCUAUAGAUUAUCAUGAGCUAAAGGUGGCAAUGAGAGCCUUAGGUUUUGAUGUAAAAAAGGCAGAUGUAUUAAAGAUACUUAAAGAUUAUGAUCGGGAAGGAAGUGGCAAAAUCUCUUUUGAUGACUUUAAUGAAGUUGUUACAGACUGGAUACUUGAAAGAGAUCCACAUGAGGAGAUACUCAAGGCAUUUAAAUUGUUUGAUGAUGAUGAUUCAGGUAAAAUAAGCUUAAGAAAUCUGCGUCGUGUAGCUAGAGAACUUGGGGAAAACAUGACUGAUGAAGAACUUCGGGCAAUGAUUGAAGAAUUUGAUAAGGAUGGUGAUGGAGAAAUUAAUCAGGAGGAGUUUAUUGCUAUUAUGACUGGUGAUGUUUAAUAGUUCAAGAAACGAACUUGAUACAAAAAGGAAGGAUUGUUUUCAGAAGCUGCAUCGUUUUUAUUUCAGUUAAUAUCUACAGCAGGAGCCAUGAAAAAUUGUUAAAGGACCAAAAGAAAUAUAAAGUAUAUGUAUUGAGAGGUUAAUAUUUUAUAUCAUUAAAUUUUAGAAUAAGCGUGUUUGUUUGAGUACUCAUUUGUAAAAUAGCUUUGUAUAAAAUGUUUAAAUUAAAUCAUAAAAUUUUUUGACAUUAUUUUAGCAUUAGCUGUGGCCUUAGUUUUAUAUAAAAGUUUAACAGACACCCAUUUUAAUAAAGUCUUCUUUUUAUAUUCUGUAAACUUCGUUGGAGUAUUUAAUCCAGAGUCAGGCCCAAGUCAAUCAACUGACCUUUCUGUCUAAGGGGGAACUAAAAUUUGGGAUUACCUGCUCCUAGUCCAGCACUUUAACCAUUGGCUAUACUGAUUCUCAGUCUAAACCAACAAUUGGUUGUGGGAUUGUGGAUUUCAUUACAGAUUGGUAUCUGUUGAUGUGAUAGCAUUUGUGAAUUUUAAAGGGAAUCAAAAGGGAAAGGGCAUCAGUUUUCAUGAGAAGCAGCAGGAUAAAAUUAAGAAAAAAUACUUCCUUGAAUUAUUUGGGGGGGGGGAGGAAAUAUAAAAAUAAAGUAAUUCUAGUCAUACAAAAAUGUAUAAUCUUAAUAAGAAUCUUAAUAUUAAUGUUAAUACUGUGUUUUUAUGAAUGCAGUUGUCCAUCUCUAUAGCCAUGCUGAAAUAAAUUUGAAGAAGGGAUCUAGUAUUCUAGAAAAGUACACGAAGGUUUAUAUUUCUGUGCAAUCUCUUAAUAAUGAGAAAGCAUAUCUUCCUACCUAGGUGUUUAGUCAUAGUUUUUAUCUGGUACUUCAUGCCUGUUCUUGGGCUACUUUGAUUAAUGCCUCAGUGCUGUCUUUUAGUCCAUCUCUUUCUGGCCACUGGGACAGCACCAUGUGGUCAUCCUAAACAGAGGCCAUGGGGCAGAUCAGCUGGUUCUCCUUUCCAAAGGCAACCUGUGAUUUUCGAGAAUAUGUUUUUUACUUCCUCUUUUACCACUUCAUGUGCUGAGGAAAUCUCCAAGAUCAUCUUCGUGAAAAAGAACCAUGGCCCUCCUGUACAAUAUGGUGGCUGUGUGGUCCUGUCCUGGAAGUGGAUACCAUUUUGGGAGCUGCCACAAUUCUCGGAUUGUGAGAAUUGCAACCAUUUCCAAAAUGGUGUCCUUUUCUGGGAUGGCAUUAUGUGGCCUCUGUUUAGGUAGGUGGAUUGGCCAUGGUAGUGCAGUGGGUAGAAUGCAGUAUUGCAGGCUAAUUUUGCCAACUGCCAGCAGUUCAAUUCUUACUGGCUCAAGGUUGACUCAGCCUUCCAUCCUUCCGAAGUUGUUAAAAUGAGGACCCAGACUCUUGGGGGCAAUUUGCUGAUUCUACAAACCGCUUAGAGAGGGUUGUAAUUUCUGUUUGUGUUGAAAUUUUAAGGGCAGGGUUUUUGACUGAUUGGUUGAUAUCCUGUUAACCACAUGGUUUUUUUUUUUGGGGGGGGAUGUAAAAUAGAGGAGGUAGACAAGGGACAUUUAGGCAAUGAUAAAAUGAAAGAUGGGGAGAGACAGAGCCAAACUAGGCAAUUUCCCUUCCUUCCUUCCUUCCUUCCUUCCUUCCUUCCU